AUGUCUAUUAGACUAGGCUCUCUUUUAGACUUUGCACAGGCUCGAUAUGUCAUCCAUCUUUCUGACGGAAAACGACUAGUCCUUUUCCGUUUGCCAUCGAUUGAGCCUUCAUCCACAUCCGUGCCCAGGACCAACGAAACACAAGAUGGGUGGUCAUACUAUGCCAUGGAAGCAGAGUGCCCUCAUGCUGGGGGACCCAUGGAAGAAUCCCAUGUCGAUAUUGAAGAUUCCGCCUAUGUGGUCUCUUGCCCCUGGCAUGCAUACGACUUCAACGUGGAGACUGGAGAGUCCAGUGUUGGGAUUAAAACCUGCACGUUUCCCAUUGAUAUAAAAGAUCAGGUUGUUUAUUUGCAAUAUAACGUAAAGGAUGGCGGGGUAGGUGAUGUGGUGCUGAGCAAGGUGGAACCUGUCAGCGAGAAGGUCAUGUUAAAAAAUCGUGAAAAGCGCGUGAAACGAAAGAAGAAGCAACCAGCGUCGCCGGUGUCUACAAGUACCAAUGAUGUUAUUUCUCAUACGACCUCUGAGGAUAUGGAAGAAGAGGAGGGGGAGGGGGAGGGGCUGGAUGCCUACAGCAUCCCUCGUUAUCUAGACGAACACGCUACAUUUUGUGAUUGGGCUGUCCACAUCCUGAAUACAGCCAACCCUGAACACAAAAUCGAACUAACAACACAUUUUUUCUCUCUUUUCGCUCAGAAAGAGACCUCUCCCACCUCGAUGGCCCUGGGGCGGGGAACCGUGACUCCCCCAGACCAACCUCCCCGCCCAGAGAGCUUAUCAGAGGUCAACCCCUGGGAAGCCCCCAAGCCUGGCAGAGGCGGGAACCUAAAAAGCCGAAUCACCAUGUUACAUGCCCUCGCCAACAUUGAGCUCUGGGCAAUCGAUCUCGCCAUCGACAUAUGCGUACGAUUCUCCACGUUCCGAACAAACACGGAAUCAAAACGGGAACUUCCCCGCACUUUCUUCCACGACUUCCUUAAAGUCGCCGCAGAUGAGGCAAAACACUUCUCGCUCCUGCGCACGCGCUUGGAGCAACUAGGCUCACGCUUCGGCGCUCUCCCCGUUCAUCACGGCCUCUGGCUCUCUGCCACGGAAACCGCGCAUGAUAUCCGCGCCCGCAUCAGCAUUAUCGCGCUCGUGCACGAAGCCAGGGGCUUGGACGUCAAUCCUAUGACGAUCCAGAAAUUCCGUAAUGCGGGUGACAUGGAGAGCGUGGCGACGUUAGAGAUUAUCCAUAACGAUGAAAUCACGCAUGUUACGACCGGGCAUAGGUGGUUGACUUGGAUUUGUGAGCAAGAAGGGGCGGAUGCGGUGCAAGUGUUUAGAGAGAAUGUGAAGAAACAUUUCAAGGGUGCACUUAAGGGGCCGUUUAAUGAAGAGGAUAGGGCCAAGGCUGGCAUGGACAGGAGGUGGUAUGGGGAAAGGGAUAAUAGUGGUAGUCCUACAGUGGCGGUGAUGGCUUCCUAGGAACAACGCAUGGGAUGAGACAAACCAAGAUGUGAGAUUGGGUCAAUGAGAAAUGAAAGCCUUCAUUUUAAACU